AUGACGGCUGUCUUCUACUCAUGGGCAAACGAAGACUGCGCCGACAACAACGAGCAGCGGGCGGUGGUCAUCAUCAGCAUGAGCGGGUUCCAGUACGCCGUCGCCGCAUGGCUGCCGAUUGUCAUCUUUCCGCAGACCAUGGCCGCAUCUUUUCGUGAGCUACGACUUUCUAGCCAGCUUGGGCUCGUCAUUGCGUCUAUUAUCGGUGUCAUUAUGGUUCAAGAGCGGAGGGCGAGGGGCCGGACAGUUAGCCACCUCAUUACAGAAGGCCGUUUGAGAGACCAGAUCUAA